AUGCAUCCCUGCACGUGUUAUAGUGAAUUGCGAUUUUGGCAGGACUACGUCCAAGGAAUUCGAGAUCGUGCUGCCGAGGCUUCCACUCCAGUGGCCAGUGGAGCCACGGAGCCACCUUCUGAGGCAUCCGAGCUGGGUCCCGACAGCACUGUUGAUGAGCCCUCGGUCCCGAAUGCUGUGGUAGAUGCCCCGACAAGCAAUCCCUCGAUGCCGAGUGCCGUGGAAGCCCCGACAACCAAUCCCGGUCAGCCUUCGAUGCCGAAUCCUGUGCUGGUAGCUGCCCCAACGAGCAAUCCCUCGAUGCCGACUGCUGUGGUAGCCCCUACAACCAAUCCUGGUCAGCUCUCGAUGCCAAGUGCUGUGGUGGUAGCUGCCCCGACAACCAAUCCCGGUCAGCCCUCGAUGCCGAAUGCUGUGGUGGUAGCUUCCCCGACAAGCAAUCCCUCGAUGCCAAGUGCUGUGGUCGCCGCCCCGACAACCAAUCCUGGUCAGCCCUUGAUGCCACAUGCUGUGGUGGUAGCUGCUUCGAUGCCGAAUGCUGUGGCGGUAGCUUCCCCAACCCAUCCUGGUCAGCCCUCGAUGCCGAGCGCUGUGGUAGCCCCGACAAUCAAUCCUGGUCAGCUCUAUUUGCCCAGGGUCGUAGACUCCCAGACAACCACUCCCGUGCCCUGCACGCCAAGUCUUCCGGGUCCACGUGCGAUUUCGACAGACAGCCAGCCCGAGUGGGAUGAGCCAUCACCCGAUUCAGCUCAAGAGGAGGAAGUUCGACCCCGACUCCCCGUUGUCCUUGUCAUCAGCUGCAUCGUCAGCUCCGGCUCCUUUGCCGGCGCAAGCAGUUCGGUGAUCACUGCUAACAACUGCAUAGCUUCUGGCUUCUCUUGCACCUAUGCAGGACAAGUGCCAACUGAUGAGACUGAUGAGAUGACGGUCACGCCUACACGGGCCACGGUUGAUGAGGUUGACGCCCAACCCUACGACAUCACACUAUCUACUCCGGAGUUCGUGAAGCAAUCUAGGACUCCCACCAGUAUGCCAAGCACGGAUGAUGUUGAACUGAAGCGCUUCAAGUUCCAGCAUCCCGGCGAGAUUCCGCCCCAAGCCCUCGCAUCGUGCCCGCCAGCAGAAGCUGUCACUGCCCCACCUGCUUCCCAGCCGUUGCCACCGCCGGUGCAGGUCUUCGGACGGCGAGACCAGCUGGGCCUGAGAACAUCGCUCAAGGCAAAGGAUAAGCAGGAGGCAGAGAUUCCGGACCAGGUUUUGCAGGGCCUUUGUGAGUCCGAUCCCACAGAACCUGUUCAUGCGGAGCAGGGCGAGGCUGAUCUUGAGGGCAUGGCAGGUGACACUGUGGAGCACCCUGAUCCGAAGCCCCGGAAGCUCAAGCGAAAGAAAUCCUUGAAGUCGAAACGGGCCCGUGGGCUCAAGAGGCUUAAGUCCAUGAAGAGAUGCAAGGAUGACCGUGGUGAUGAUGCACCUGAGCCACCUCUCGAGGGGGCGGCCCUGGAAGAGGAGGAGUGUGAUGAGGAUGAUGCAGCAAGUGCUGCGCCAACCGCCCGGGUCAGAGCAAAAACCCCGGCAAGCAAGGCCCCGAAGGCGAAAGCAAAGGCCAAAGCAAAAGCCCUCCCAAAGAGCAAAUCCAAAGCCUCGAAGAAGGAGUCAUGUGAAACCGGCUGCACCAAGCCAAAGCCCAAAGGUAAAGCAAAGGCCAAAGCAAAGGCCUCCAAGGACGAUCCAUCGGAGCCGGCCCCCAAGGCCAAAGCGAAAGCGAAAGCGAAGGGCAAAGCCAAAGCCACCCCCAAAGCCGACGCAAAGGCCAAGCCGGGCAAAGGUACCAGGGGUCGCAAAGCUUUGCCCGAUGGCGAGCCGGACCAGGCGGAUGUGGAUUACAUGGUUUCCUAUUUCCAGUCCUUUGACAAUCUUGAGGACAGGGAUGCUCUUAAGCGAGAGGUUCGGGAGCACAUGCCACAUUUCGAGUAUGUUGCACUGGACAUCUAUUGGAGCCGCUAUGGGUGUGGUUUGUCGCUUUACUACGGGGAGAGCAAGAAGCCUGAUUCCAAGAGGAACGUCGGUUACUUUUCCUACGGCAACUGCGAUGCUGGUCUUUUGGUGGCCAUUGCCUGCGCCAUCAGCCUUGGCUGGUUCAUCGAAGAGCACCGCAUUACCGACCCCGAGCUCCGUGCCAUCAACGAAAAGGUCCAGUCUUUGAAGGCAUCAGGCCGACAGACCUUGGAGAGUCUGGAUGCCUAA